AGUUGACAGUUCCACUUUUGGACCCAAAGUUUACAUCCUUAUCUAUCCAUGUUACUCUUUAUUAGACAGUACAGCUAAAGGUAGAAUGGUGCUAUAUUAUGGCUGCAGUUUGCUGCUGCUUACAUUCCUUGCUCUGCCGGGUCUAUUGCUCGGGGACAUGGUAUUCCAUUGUCCGAGCUGUGCUGCGGAGCGCCAAGCUGCAUGUCCUAAGUUUGCUACAACCUGUACUGAGAUAGUCAGGGAGCCCGGCUGUGGCUGCUGCCCAGUGUGUUCCCGGUUAGAAGGCGAAUUCUGUGGCGUCUACACACCGAGGUGUUCCACAGGGCUGCGUUGUUAUCCCACUGCAGAUUCAGAAUUGCCCUUGGAGCAGCUGGUUCAGGGGUUAGGACGAUGCUCACACAAAGUAGACCCGGUACCCAACCUCACUCAAGAGCAUCAGGACAAGAGUGGACCUAUAGUGGAGCUGCAGGGCGCUGAGGGUCCCCCUCAGAAGAAGCCGACCAAAGAUGCCAGCUCCUGGAUGUGGUCCAAACAGAAGGCUGUGAGGCAGGCCCAGAACGAGCUCAAGACCAAGAUGAAGACCAACACCCGCCCUGAGGAACCUAGGACCCAGCGGCCCACUCAGAGCCAUUGUCAACAGGAGAUGGACAAGGUGCUGGAGGAGAUCUCCAAGAUGACCUUCCAUGACAACAGGGAACCGCUGGAGAAUCUGUACGAGCUCAACUUCCCCAAUUGUGACAGAAGGGGCCAAUACAAUCUCAAACAGCUUUUGCAGAGGCUGCAGCUAUUCGUCAUGGGGUCCAUAAAAAACACAAAACAUGAAAAGUAACACUGAUAUGGCCGAAGACAACUUCCCUCGAGGGACACCACAUUGUAUAUAUGUGAUGUUAGAGAAGCUUCCAUUGAAGACCACUUUGGGUUCUAUUGGAUAAAUAACUCUCCAUCCAUGUGAUGGCAGGUAAUGUAAAGCCAAAAGAAGUGAGUUUCUUCAAUACCAAUGUAUGAUCAAUAACAUCAAACGCAGCACUGUAAUCUAACAAUACAGCUUCAAAUAUAAUAUUACUAUCAAUUUCUUUUCACUAAUAAUCUGUCAUCUGAGUCAGUCAGUAUAAAUUGAUUGCCCUUCUCUAUGUGUAUGCUGAAAGUCAGUAGUGAACUUGUUCUCUGAAAAAUAGCAUUGCAUUUGGUCAAACACAAUUAUCGCCUUCAGUUUACUAAGAACAGGCAGCAAAAUGAUUGGGCUGCUGUUAGAGCCAGCAAAGGGUGCUUUACUAUUUUUAGGCAGUGGAAUUACUUCAAAUCAAAUUCUUCCACCUCUCCCACACUAACUUGACCAAAUUCAAAACAGCAAUCCUUCUCUUUCAUUGUUAGAUAUUUUUUACCAAAAUAUGGUGGUUCAUCGUUCGAUGUUGUAAUUUCACUUCUGAGUUUUACCACUUUACUAAUGAAAUAGUAAUUGAAAUGAUUGGCAAUAGCUAAAGGACCCAUCAAUUUCAAUGAACGAUGGAAAUGAAUUGGGGUUUCCUCCCAUGGUAUAAUUCAAGGUACUCCAAAGUAUUUUUAGAUUGUGUUUUAUGUAAUUUAUCUUGGUUUUGUAAUAUAAUUUAUUCUUCAUUUUGGUAAGUUUAGGUACAACAUUUCUCCAUUUACAGUUUGUUAACCAAUCAACUGAGCAGCUUGACUUGUUUGCCACCUCUUUUCCAUAAUUUCUUUGAACCAUACAAUUUUUUUUAUUCAUCAUCAAUCCAGAGGGCUCUAAGAGUUCUCAGUUAUUUUCUUAACGGGUAAAUAACUCCAGUGCUGUAUCCAGAUUCACUUCCUCAUACACAUCAGACCAACAUAAAUUAUUUUAACAAAAGAGUCCUAAGAAAACAUUUAGUAAGAUCUCUUAUUAAUUGCUUUAGGCCCAACCUUUGGCACUUUGGCUUUCCUUGUUAUUGCCACGAUGUUAUGGCCACUACAGCCAAUGGGAACUGCGAAAUGCUUGUGUUUCUAGCUCCAACAGCGAAGUAAUAUCUAUCAAUUUCACAACAAUACACACAAAUCUAAAGUAAAGCAAUGGAAUUAAGAAUAUAUAAAUAUUUGGAUGAGCACUGUCGAGCAGCAUUGACUAAAAUAGAAUAGAAUACAGUAUAUACAGUUGAAUUUGGAAGUUUACAUACACCUUAGCGAAAUACAUUUAAACGCAGAUUUUCACAAUUCCUGACAUUUAA